AUGGACAACGAAUGUCCGAUAUGCCUCGAUGUGAUCACUCCUCUGAGUGAGAAGAAGAUGCUGGUAUCGAAGGUUUGCGACCACAAGAUAGCCUCAUUCGCCUUGUUCGACAUUACGCAAGCGUACUACAGCACGCUCAAGGAAGCCCGCAAGCGUGUUCUACAGGUGUACAACGACACCCGGGCGAACUUCAAGGACACGCCAGAGUACAACAAGUUUCUUGAAGACAGAGAAACGAUGAUAAACACGCUUGCUCUUGGUAGGAACGACCUGCGGGGUGAGCAGGUGGAGGCGGAAUUGAAAAACUAUGAGCGCCAACGGGCAUCACGCAUAUCGGAGAAUAUAGCAGCUCAGCAAAAUGAACUGCGGAAACGAGUCAAACACAUCGUAGAAACGGAAAAGACCUUCUACGAGAUGGUGGACAAGGGAGCGCCAUUCAACCUGUGGAAGGUGGACGAUCUGGUCCAUACCCUCCAACGUACUCACGCCUCUUUCUUCGCCGAAAAAAAGGAAGUGGUUUCUUCGACUGGCGAAUGCAAACCCCUCAACGCCGCGAUAAGGAACGACACCGAUAUCCCUCGACGAAUGCUGGCCUCCAGGGAUGAGGUUUUGGCGUGCGACAUCGCUGGAGGUUACAGCUCAGCGUUAGUUGCCGAGCGUUGUAGGAUGCAAGUGGAUCUAAUGCUGCUCUGGAACCUAGUGUAG